AUGUCAAAUGAAUUAUUUCAAUAUAUUAGUAUUCAUGAUCAUCAAGAUAGAAUAGAUGAUCUAAUAGAAUUACUAAACACACAAUGGAAUAGAUCUGAAUCAUCAAGGAGAGUAAUGAUUGAAAAGUCAUCUGAAGACCUACCUUACUAUCUGUUAAUGUUGGAUAAAAGCAAUGACAAUAAAUUGAUAGCAAGUUGUUCAAUGUCUAAAGUAAUUGAUUGUGCGGAUGAUAUCACUACCAUUACAAAUCAAAAAAGUGAAUCGAUAUUAAUAGAAAAUGUUUUAGUUAAAAAAGAAUAUAGAAGAAAAGGUUAUGGAAAGUUAAUAUUAAAUGAAUUAGAAAGAAUUGCAAUAUCAAAAGGAUAUAAAACAUUUUAUUUAUCUACACUUGAUCAAAAAGAGUUUUAUCUAAGUAAUGGAUAUCAAUUAUGUGAACCUUUGGCAGCUUCAAAGUUUACAUCUUCAUUUAUAAAUGAAGAAGGUCUAGAUAAGAGAAGUUCACUCAUGAGAAUAUUCGGUGGUGCUGGUAAUCAAAAGAAAGAUUCUGAAACUGUAUACUGGUUAAGUAAAAAUGUAUAA